AGUAACUCGUUUUGCUUUAUUUGCCAUUGGUAUAAAAUGAAAGCCAACUAACACUUUCCGUCAUUUAACUUUUUUGAAUUGUCUGCUCUCAACUACUUCUGCAGUCUAGUAUCCUCUGCAACAAUAUGGCCAAUCAAGUCUCUGUUAAAUAUACACAAAUUUUCAUUAACAAUGAAUUUGUUGAUUCUGUUAAUGGUAAGAAGUUUCCUACCAUAAAUCCAGCUACUGGUGAACAAAUUUGUCUCGUUGCUGAGGGUGAUGAAGCAGAUAUUAAUAAUGCCGUUGCUGCAGCAAAAGAGGCCUUUAAACUUGGUUCAACCUGGCGAACCAUGGAUGCCUCUGCUCGUGGAGCCCUGCUUAACAAACUAGCGGAUCUUCUGGCCCGUGAUGCUGAUUACAUAGCAAAAUUGGAAACUCUAGAUAAUGGUAAACCUUACAAAUUAGCAAUUGGAGAUGUUUAUGGAUGCAUUAGUGAGCUACGUUAUUAUGCUGGCUGGGCAGACAAAAUUCAUGGUAAAACUAUUCCAAUGGAUGGAAAUCAUCUCGCUUAUACUCGUGUUGAACCUUUCGGUGUUUGCGGUGCUAUCAUCCCAUGGAAUUUCCCAAUGAUUUUGUUCAUUUGGAAAAUUGCUCCUGCCUUAUGUACUGGUAACGUUAUUGUUGUGAAACCUGCUGAACAAACACCAUUGACAGCUCUUUAUACAUGUUCAUUGAUUAAAGAGGCUGGUUUCCCUCCUGGUGUAGUAAAUGUUGUUCCUGGUUAUGGUCCAACUGCAGGAGCUCCUUUGGUAAAUCAUCCCGAUGUUCAGAAGAUUACUUUCACAGGUUCAACCGAAGUUGGCCAACUCAUUUUACAAGGAGCCGGAAAAGAUUCCAUUAAAAGUGUAUCUCUUGAACUCGGAGGUAAAAGUCCAUUAGUUAUUAUGGACGAUGCUGAUAUUGAUCAAGCUGUUGUAGUCGCUCAUGAAGCUUGUAUGGUCAACCAAGGUCAGUGUUGUUGUGCAGCUACCCGAACAUUCGUCCAAGAAGGUAUUUAUGAUGAAUUUGUUCGUAAAACCAAAGAACUUGCAUUGAAACGAGUUGUUGGUGAUCCUUUCGACGAUGCAACUCAACAAGGUCCACAAGUUGAUGAAGAACAAUUCAACAAAAUUCUUAGUUUGAUUGAGUCAGGUAAAAAGGAAGGUGCUAAACUUGAAUGUGGUGGUAAAGCUAUCUCAUCUAAAGGAUACUUCAUCCAACCAACUGUUUUUUCAAACGUAACCGAUAACAUGAGAAUAGCAGUUGAAGAAAUCUUUGGACCUGUCCAACAAAUCUUUAAAUUCAAAACUUUGGAUGAAGCUAUUGAACGAUCCAAUGAUACAACAUAUGGAUUAGCAGCUGGUAUUUUCACCAAAAAUUUAGAUACCGCUAAUAUGUACACUCAAGCAGUCAGAGCUGGAACUGUUUGGGUCAACACUUUCCUCGCUUUCGGACCUCAAACACCAUUCGGAGGUUACAAAAUGUCUGGUAUUGGAAGAGAAAGUGGAGAAGAUGGUUUACACGAAUACUGUCAAAUCAAAUCCGUGGUCGUAGCUAUCCCACAGAAGAAUGCUUAAGAUAUUUUUAUUUGGCUAAAGAUAAUAGAUUCUAUGUGUAUUUUGAUAAAACUUGAUAUGUAUUACCAUAAAAUCUUAAGGAUUUAUUACUAA